AGCAUUUUGAAUGAGCUCUCAGAAAAUGAGGGGCUUUCAGCUGGCCGCCUGCUCGUCACCUCUCGCUGCCUGAAAGGCGGCUCUCAGAGCGCUUUCUCGUCCUCUAAUUAAGGUGGCGGGAAGCGUGCGUGCGCUUCGGCAAACAACUGGAAACCAGCGUGCAGGGUCAAAGACAGCCGGCCCCCCAUGUCAGUGGUCUAGGAUGGCCAGUGAAGGCACCAACAUCCCAAGUCCUGUGGUGCGUCAGAUUGACAAGCAGUUUCUGAUUUGCAGUAUAUGCCUGGAACGGUACAAGAAUCCCAAGGUUCUCCCCUGUCUGCACACUUUCUGCGAGAGGUGCCUGCAGAACUACAUUCCCGCCCACAGUUUAACCCUCUCCUGCCCAGUGUGCCGCCAGACCUCCAUCCUGCCCGAGAAAGGGGUGGCCGCGCUCCAGAACAACUUCUUCAUCACAAACCUGAUGGACGUGCUGCAGCGAACUCCAGGCAGCAACAUCGAGGAGUCUUCCAUCCUGGAGACGGUCACCGCUGUGGCUGCUGGAAAGCCUCUCUCUUGCCCAAACCAUGAUGGCAACGUGAUGGAAUUUUACUGCCAGUCCUGUGAGACCGCCAUGUGUCGGGAGUGCACUGAGGGGGAGCACGCAGAGCACCCCACCGUCCCGCUCAAGGACGUGGUGGAGCAGCACAAAGCCUCGCUCCAGGUCCAGUUGGAUGCCGUCAACAAAAGGCUCCCAGAAAUAGAUUCUGCUCUUCAGUUCAUCUCGGAAAUCAUUCAUCAGUUAACCAACCAAAAGGCCAGCAUCGUGGAUGACAUCCAUUCCACCUUCGAUGAGCUCCAGAAGACUUUAAAUGUGCGCAAGAGUGUGCUGCUUAUGGAACUAGAAGUCAACUAUGGCCUCAAACACAAAGUCCUGCAGUCGCAGCUGGACACUCUGCUCCAGGGGCAGGAGAGCAUCAAGAGCUGCAGCAACUUCACGGCGCAGGCCCUCAACCACGGCACGGAGACCGAGGUGCUGCUGGUGAAGAAGCAGAUGAGUGAGAAGCUGAACGAGCUGGCCGACCAAGACUUCCCCCUGCACCCGCGGGAGAACGACCAGCUGGACUUCAUCGUGGAAACCGAGGGGCUGAAGAAGUCCAUCCACAACCUGGGGACGAUUUUAACCACCAACGCGGUGGCCUCGGAGACGGUGGCCACGGGCGAGGGGCUGCGGCAGACCAUCAUCGGGCAGCCCAUGUCCGUCACCAUAACAACCAAGGACAAGGACGGCGAGCUGUGCAAAACCGGCAACGCCUACCUCACCGCCGAGCUGAGCACGCCCGACGGCAGCGUGGCGGACGGGGAGAUCCUGGACAACAAGAACGGCACCUACGAGUUUCUGUACACCGUCCAGAAGGAAGGGGACUUCACGCUGUCCCUGAGGCUCUACGACCAGCACAUCCGGGGCAGCCCGUUCAAGCUGAAGGUGAUCCGCUCGGCCGACGUGUCUCCCACCACCGAGGGCGUGAAGCGGCGCGUCAAGUCCCCGGGCAGCGGCCACGUGAAGCAGAAAGCCGUGAAAAGACCCGCGAGCAUGUACAGCACCGGGAAGCGAAAAGAGAACCCCAUCGAGGACGAUCUGAUCUUUCGAGUGGGUACCAAAGGAAGAAAUAAAGGAGAGUUUACAAAUCUUCAGGGGGUAGCUGCAUCCACAAAUGGAAAGAUACUAAUUGCAGACAGUAACAACCAAUGUGUGCAGAUAUUUUCCAAUGACGGCCAGUUCAAAAGUCGUUUUGGCAUAAGAGGCCGCUCUCCUGGGCAGCUGCAGCGGCCCACAGGAGUAGCUGUGCAUCCCAGCGGGGACAUAAUCAUUGCAGAUUAUGAUAAUAAAUGGGUCAGCAUCUUCUCUUCAGAUGGGAAAUUUAAGACAAAAAUUGGAUCGGGAAAGCUGAUGGGGCCCAAAGGAGUUUCUGUGGACCGCAAUGGGCACAUUAUUGUGGUGGACAACAAGGCGUGCUGCGUGUUUAUCUUCCAGCCAAACGGGAAAAUAGUCACCAGGUUUGGUAGCCGAGGAAAUGGGGACAGGCAGUUUGCAGGUCCCCAUUUUGCAGCUGUAAAUAGCAAUAAUGAGAUUAUUGUUACAGAUUUCCAUAAUCAUUCCGUCAAGGUGUUUAAUCAGGAAGGAGAAUUCAUGUUGAAGUUUGGCUCAAAUGGAGAAGGAAAUGGACAGUUUAAUGCUCCGACAGGCGUAGCAGUGGAUGCAAAUGGAAACAUCAUUGUAGCAGACUGGGGGAACAGCAGGAUCCAGGUUUUUGAUGGGAGUGGAUCAUUUCUGUCCUACAUUAACACAUCUGCUGACCCACUCUAUGGACCCCAAGGCUUGGCCCUAACUUCAGAUGGCCAUGUUGUGGUUGCAGACUCUGGGAAUCACUGCUUCAAGGUCUAUCGAUACUUACAGUAAUGACGGGCAGUCAUGAUGGACAACCCGUACUAAGGCCUUGCACUAUAAACUGGAAUGGACUUCUCAACGCGGGACCAGAUUAUGACUAGACUUUCUAUGCUCGAAGGAAUCAUUGGUGAACUUUCCAAGGUUAUUUCUGAAUGUAACAGAUUCCUUAAAAACUGCUUAUACAAUUUCCAUAAUUCACCUAUAGGGUUUAAAAAACAAACCUCUUCUACUGAAUCUAUAAAAACUGCAAAGUUUUACAUCUGUGAACUAUGGCUUAAAGGACAGGAUUUAUGUAGUUAAACUAAUUUUGCAAAUCAAACAAAUGUUAAAAAAAAAAAACUAGAAUAUGUAAAGGUAUUUGUUAAUCUUGUGAAUGGUAGCUUUUGCAGAGAGCUUCCAAAAACAGAACAGAAACAAAAUCUGUUGUAGUUGUAUACUUUAUUUAACCUAGGCCGCAAGACCCAGGGAAUCUUCUAACCUCACUUUUACAGUAGGUAUUACUCUUGUGACAUUUUUUGGUUAUCAACAACUACAUAUAAAUUACUUUAGAAAAAGUAAGGCUGUCUUGCAAAAUCCUCCCAGCUCUGAUUAGCAGGCCUCUUGAGUUUAGCACUUAAGAAUCAAUGCAAAUUUCCCAACCUUUCUGGGUUAGACAAAGAUCUGUUUUCAUGCGUUGUUUUCACCACCUCUUUCCUGCGAACCUAGCGUUCAAAAACAAAGUACAUCUUCAGGGAAACCUGGAAUUCCUAGUGCUUUGAAAAGCAUAUUACAAAAGUAAUGCUACCUUUUGGUAAACAAACUGCCCCAUUAACUCCAGAUUAAUGCACUGGAUUGUAAUCAAGAAAAAGUCACGUUUUAUGUGCCAUGUUUUCACAUGUGUCUCUCAUCUUCCACUUCAUGAAAGCGAAAGCUUUAUCUCCUGCAAAAUGUCAGCACAUGUAGUAGGACACCAGUAUCCUAGGACAGAGAGCCAUAAGUAGCCCUUUGGAGGACUGAUGGUGUCAACCAAAGGCAUGUGAUUGAUUAAUGAUUUCCCCUUAGAAAGCAGGUGUUACCAAAGUUGUGUUAUCUUGAAAGCAUUACAGGUAAGGGCAUGUUAUGGUUAUUUAUCAUUGUUUAAUGAAUAGUAGAGGUGUUAAGGGACUAUGUAUACAUGAUUAGGGUAAGAUAGAAUGUAUUUUAUAUAUAUAUCUAUAUAUAUAGAUGAAUCUUUGGUGUAUUGAAAUAGGCAGCACUCUGAAAGACAGAAGCAUUGUCCAGCCAUUCUUCAGCACAUUCCUUUACUAUGUAGUUUAAAGCCGUCCUACUGGAGCAAGCCCUAAAGCAGAUUUAAUUUUUGCCAUUUUCCAGGAAUGAUGGCUGACUUUUGGUCAGAAAAUGACCUUCUGUGCUUUCAAAAAAA